AAGAAAUGGAAGAAGCAAAGGGAUUAGUGAACCACGUAGUCCUCACAAAGUUCAAGGACGACGUAGCUCCAGAGCGGAUUGAAGACUUCAUCAAGGGCUUUGCCAAUCUAGUCAAUCUCAUCCCACCAAUGAAAUCAUUCUCUUGGGGUAAGGAUGUAAGUGACACAAGUAUGCAUCAAGGCUUCACUCAUGUCUUUGUAUCAACCUUUGAGAGUACAGAAGGCGUUGCAGAGUAUUUAGCUCAUCCAGCCCAUGUUGAAUUUGCAAAUUUGUUCCUUCUCUGUUUCGAGAAAGUCAUUGCCAUUGACUAUAAGCCUACCAUUGUUAAAUUGUAGAACUAAUGCCUAAUUCACUGCUAGUGUUCUCAUAAAUAAUAAAUUUGGUCCUCUCCAAACAAUUUCUGUAUACACUAGUAACACUACAGUGCUCCCCCAUGUCUUAUAUUGCGUGUUAUUCUAUGUUAUCUUGAGAAAUAAUCAGCAAUAAGUUACCUAUAAUUUUACCUAAAAUGGUUCAAAAUGAUCAAUCUGGAUUAUUGGAUUAGUAAAUUGAGGUACAUCUCUGUAUAAGGGAGGUUGGGUUGAGAAAAAGUAUAUCAGUGAAAUUUGUUUCUCCUAUUAGUAA